UUCCGGGUUACGUAUUUGUAUGUCUAACUAUGAAUGUGAAUUUCUUAAACAGUGAAUAAAUCUAGAUCUAACAUUAAGUCUUGUUUGCGUGAAAGCAUACAGCAUAAUUUCUAUUGUAUGCCUAGAAAUAAAAUGUCUUCUGUUAGAACGGUCAUCAGCUCUGUAGCAUCGGAUCGUGUCAUCACUAAAUUCACACCGGCUUUUCAUCCAGAUGGAACUCCCUAUUCCAAAGUCAACUUUCAUCCCAAAGUGAAGACUGCGUGUUCAGAAAACAGAACUGGGCGUGUUGGUUUAAAGAUCACUAAGGCUGUACUGGUUGGUGAUGUGGCAGUAGGCAAAACAUGUCUUGUAAAUAGGUUUUGCCAUGAUGUGUUUGACAGAGACUACAAGGCAACUAUAGGUGUGGACUUUGAGGUGGAGAAGUUUAGUGUUCUUUCCAUUCCCAUUACUCUACAGAUCUGGGACACAGCCGGGCAAGAAAGGUUCAAAUGUAUUGCAGCUUCUUACUACAGAGGUGCCCAGAUUGUUAUUGUGGCCUUUGACCUUACCAAUGAAGAAUCUCUCCAUCACACUGACCAAUGGAUGGAAGAAGCUUGUGCCAGUGCUGACCAGCCUGUCAAAUUUCUACUUGGUACAAAAAAAGAUUUAUUGUCACCAUCUUCCUACUCUGAUGUUGAAGUCCGAGCUCUGAAGCAGGCCAAAAAAUUACAAGCUGAAUUCUGGGCGACAUCUUCCAAAUCAGGAGAGAAUGUGACAGAUUUCUUCUUCCGAGCCAUUUGUUUAUCUUUUGAUGACACUUUAUUGAAAGAACUGGAGGUAGAUACAGUAGCAUCCAAACAAAUUGGAACCAUCAAGGUUCAAAAGUCAAGUUCGGACUUGUAUGAGAAAAGGAAAUCUAAUCAAUUGAAGUGUUGUUCCUAAAUGGUUUAUUGUUUCUUCCAAAUUUUAUUAUACUGUGAGUUUCUGUUUCUUUUCAGUCUUUAUUUCUUUUCAGUCUUUAAAAUUUGCUUUUGCUCCACUACACAUGUAUAUAUGCUAAUUGGUUUCUUUUGAGGUAAUGGAAACAUGCAUAAUCUAAAUCCAAAUAUAUAUUUAUGUAUAGAUUACAAAGCUGUUGUAUGAUAUUUCAAAUGUGAUAAUGACCCGAUGAAAUUAUCAAGAUAUCAAGUUAUAAAAGUUGUAAUUAUAUCAAAAUUGUACAAAAACUAUAGUCAAAAGAGUUUUAUAUGUCUAAAAGGGAAUUAAUUUAACAAUUGGGUUGGUCUUUGCUGAAGAGAAACAAUACUGAAUGAAAGAAGUACCUGAUUAUGUUUCCUUGAUUCAAUAUCUGCUUAAAAACACUUUUUUUGUCAAUAUUAUGUUGGACCAAAUCCAUUGAAGUUGCAUGCUAAAAAUCAAUCAAAAACUUGAUGACAUCAAAACUCCUUUUCUUGUUGUUCUGACUGAGUUGGAAAUCAUCUUUGGGCCUUCUAGAGGAUUCUGUAGGCCAUCAACAAACUUUUUACAUAAUAUUUGAGAUGAUUUCCACAGUUUAUGGUAUAUGUCAUAUAGGCAUAAUUCACUAAAUAGUUUACUUUUUUUUUUUUACAAUGAUCUUCAUGUGAAGUCCAUUUACUGCAGACAUUUUGAAGAGUUCAUUCCAACUGCCUCAAGGGAAUCAACUAUGUUCUGUUUGUAGCAGAAGUUAACUAUGUUUAGAUAGUAAUGAGGAAACUUCAUAACCAAAAUCCUCUCUUGCACUUUGUAAAUCAAAUGAGCAUUUGAAUCUUGAUUACUGGAAAGUUACAAAAGUCUAUUCUAAAUGUUUUACAAAAUUCUACAUUCCUGUCACAAGUUUGUUAUCUAGAAAUAAGAGACUAGGGUCUCAGCUUUGGUAUUGUCCUUUAGUGUAAUGUAAUAUUUUUUAUCAAUACAGAGACAUCUUGAUGUAUUGAAGUCUGUUCCAGUCAAAUCAUUUGGUUGACCUUAAAUUUUGCAUAAUGCCUUGACCUACAUGUUUUAAGCAAAUUUUUGUCAUGUUUAUUCCAGCCUGAGAAUGUUGUUUGUUUUUUCUAGUCCUUUUAGCUAGUUAUUUUAACAAAUGCUGGUUUAUAGCUAAAAUGUUUGGUUUAUAGCUAUUCAUUUCAACAAAUGCUUGGUUUAUAGCUAACGUCUGGUUUUUAGUUUUUGUUUUUUUUAUCAAAUGCUGGUUUAUAGCUAAAAUGUUUGGUUUAUAGCUAUUUAUUUUAACAAAUGCUUGCUAGAUAUUUAAGUUUAGCUAACUUUUUUUAAAUUUAUAUAAUUGUAAAACUAUGCUCUUUAAUUCCAGAUGUUUUAAAAAAUUUUGACUCUAAUUUUGUCUAUAACUCUUAAUUAAAGAAAAAAACAAACAAUGGCAAACUAUUUGGCACCAGUUUUAAUGGGAAACAAUGAAAGUAUCUGAAGACGCCUCAGCUAUUAGAAAAAUAGAUUUUCGCUUUUGAAGGAAUGUCUUGCAAAGUUUAGUUUCAAGAAUUUAGUUUAGUACAUCAGCAACAUUGUGACUAAGACGAACUUAACACAGGGGGCGUUACUAGCAUAA